GCUGAUCCAUUUCUGUUCUCUCACAACAGCAAUGGCGGCUUCUGCAAGGUUGCUGUUCAGAGGUGCAGGCUUAAAAGCCUAUACCGCAAAUGUAAACAGCGGUGCUCAGAGCUCUUUUGGUACAACUCUGUUGAGGUUAUCCCCGAAUUGCUCAUCCCAAACAAAAACACAAAUAAAGCAUGCAUCGCACUUCACCUACCACCCUGACCCUGUCCCGACAAUGUAUGGCCCCACUACAAAGAUGAACUUAUUCCAGUCUGUGACCAGUGCCUUGGACAACACACUUGCCAGUGACCCAACUGCAGUAAUCUUUGGAGAAGAUGUGGCCUUUGGUGGUGUAUUUCGUUGCACUGUGGGUCUCCGGGACAAAUAUGGUAAAGAUCGUGUCUUCAACACUCCUUUGUGUGAACAGGGCAUUGUGGGAUUUGGAAUCGGGGCAGCCGCCGCCGGUGCCACAGCCAUCGCUGAGAUCCAGUUUGCUGACUACAUUUAUCCUGCCUUUGACCAGAUUGUAAACGAAGCAGCCAAGUACCGCUAUCGCUCUGGCAACCUGUUUGAUUGUGGGAACCUCACAAUCCGGGCACCCUGGGGCUGCGUGGGGCAUGGCUCGCUUUACCAUUCCCAGAGCCCAGAAGCCUUCUUCGCCCACUGCCCAGGGAUCAAGAUUGUUAUACCCAGAGGUCCUGUCCAGUGUAAGGGACUGCUGCUGUCGUGCAUCGAAGAUCACAACCCCUGCAUAUUCUUUGAGCCCAAGAUUCUCUACAGGGCAGCGGUGGAGCAGGUCCCUACAGAAGCAUACACCAUCCCACUGUCGCAGGCCGAGGUUUUGCAAGAAGGUAGUGAUGUCACACUGGUCGCCUGGGGAACACAGAUUCAUGUGCUGAGGGAAGUAGUCAGCAUGGCGCAGGAGAAACUUGGUGUCUCAUGCGAACUUAUAGAUCUGCAGACUAUCUUGCCUUGGGACACCGAGACGGUUUGCAAGUCGGUGGCCAAGACCGGACGGCUGCUCAUCAGUCACGAGGCUCCAGUCACGGGUGGCUUCGCUGCCGAGAUCAGCUCUACAGUUCAGGAGGAGUGCUUCCUCAACCUAGAGGCACCCAUCACCAGAGUCUGUGGCUACGACACCCCCUUUCCCCACAUUUUUGAACCCUUCUAUAUCCCAGAUAAGUGGAAGUGCUUUGAAGCUGUCAAGAGGUUGAUCAGUUACUGAUCUCCAACUACUGAGUCCCUAGAUCCCACCUCUCUGAGGACCUAUACUCAGAGCCCAUCCCCCUUUUUCCCCUCGCCAUUGUCCUCACCAGUGGACCUUACCCGGAACAAUAGUAGGCCAUUCAGUCAAGACGCAGCGUCCAGACCAGCCGGGCCUGUCUUGGCCCUCCGUUAGCAAACACAGACUGUUACUUCUUGUUUAGUGAACCUUUUCUGUACAUGGGGGAUAGGUGUCCUUGACCUACUACGUUGCCACUGUGCUCUUUCAAUCAGACCCCGAUCCACACAGGCAAUCUCACAAACACUAAUGUGUGUAGUGUGUCUUAAAAUGUGAGCUUUGACUCUCAGAAUAGCUUGUUUGUUGUCUCUUUACCUCUGUCCCCCCCCCCGCUUUGCUGUAAUUCAGUCUCUUUGCUUUUCUAACAACUGCUUUGUUUGACGUCAAAUUGACUGUACUAAAAAUAAUGGACCUGUGGUUUUUAAUGAAAAUAAAUGAUUUGACCGUGCAUUGUUA